AUGGCGGCGUCCAGUACCGCGGACCACUCUCCAGAGAUAUCGACGCCGUUAAAGAUCCUGAAAACCGAGGUGCCGUCCCCCGAGUCGGAGGACCUGAGUGACAGUAACCAGUACCACUCCAGCCCCUCUACCCCGAACCGCUUCUCGCCUCUGAACGUGGGCUCGGGGUCCGCGGGCCGGACGGCGGCCUCAUCCUCCAACAGCUUCACGGCUUGCCGGGGGAUGUCGUGGACACCGUCCGAGACGAACGCCCUUAUCGCGGUGUGGGGCAACGAGAGGCUGACGGAGGCGAGGAUGCAGCAGCUGGAGGUCGCGGGCACCGUGUUCUCUGGGAAGGCCCCCGGUCCUGCCAUGUACGAGCGGGUGUCCAGAGCCCUGUCGGAGCUGGGGUACGAGAGGACCCCGUCCCAGUGCCGGGAGAGGAUGAAGACGCUGCGGCGCUGCUACAGCCGUGUGAAGGAGCACGGCAUCGGCAAGAGGAAGAGUAGCUACACCAUCGAGCAGCUGGAGAAGGUGUUCGGUCAGGGGGGCUGGGACUCCCAGAGCUGCGCCCCCGUACUGAUCAACAGCAGCGGGCUGUACCAGGAGAUGGAGUCUGACAGCAGCACGCUGGAGGACUUCUCCCAGGAGGACUGGUGCAACCAGGUGCUGGACUCUGCCUUCCAGGAGGGGGACAUGGAGACUGAAGAAAUCCAGGUGCCUAAAAACAGAGCUCUGCAGAUUCAAAUAGAGCUGUCCGAACAAACGCAAAAAAGGGACAUGAUGCAGACGGUGGUGCGUAUACUGGAGUCGGUCCAGCUGAAAUGGGAGCACUUCCAGACCUGGACCGAGUUCUCCCGGCUGCAUCUCUCCAACAAACUGGCCAUCUUCGGUGUGGGCUACAACACCCGCUGGCGAGAGGACGUGCGCUACCACUACGCUGAGAUCAGCUCGCAGGUCCCGCUGGGCAAGAGGCUCCGUGAGUACUUCAACCCAGAGAAGCCGGAGGGCCGUGUCAUCAUGACCAAAGUUCAGAAGAUGAACUGGAAGAAUGUCUACUACAAGUUCCUGGACAUCACCAUCAGUGAGGCGCGCUGCCUGGAGCUGCACAUGGAGGUGGAGUGGAUCCCUGUGUCCCAGUCCAGAGCAGCAGGCUGCAGCAGAGACACGUCCCACUACCUCCUCCCUGUGGACAUCCCCAAGGCCUACGGGCUGUACGCUAUCGGCUAUGAGGCGGUGUCAUGUUGUAACGACACCGCUCACAUCUUUCCCCAGAACGACAGUGAAGAGCUACCUCAGAGUGAGUCAGAGAGGGGUCAGGCUGAUGGAGGGGGAGGGUCACAGAACUGGUACAGGACUGGGGCAAAUGUCACAUACUGCUACCUGGGCAUCGCCGAGGAGAGGACCAUACAGCAGAGUCUCUUCCAGCACUUCCAGGGCUCUGGCAAACACUACGGCCAUGGUGAGCCCCCAGCUGUGACCUGUUUCCUGCAGGAGAACUGCCGCGGUGCCACCACAAACCAGAGUAGUGACGGAGGUGACGAGUCGCCUCAACAUUUUGCCAUUUACAUAAAAUUCAUCGAGGUGGAGCUGGACUUCCUCUCCGCAGGCUCCCUGGUGGAGUGCCUGGAAACUGCCAUUGGUUGUUCAUUGAAGUACAACAUCAGAGAAACACUGUAACGACCCAGUGUUUCUGAUCUGUAGGGAGAUAUCAUUAAGGGUUACAGCCGGCAAGGCAACACGAAAGCUGACCAAUUCUGUCUGUUACAAAGCAUGGAUGUGUGCAAUAGUCGGCCAUAUUUUGGCAGCCUUUUCAGCUCUACUAAACUGAUUUGUCAUUAUUAAUGAUGCACAAUAUGGCUAAUGUAUUGUGUAACGAUAUGGGAACAGUAACUUAAGUAUUACAGAGCUGCAACAUCCACAAAGUAUGUGCUUAUCAUGUCAUGCUAAUGUGCACUACUAAGGUUUUGCUGCUGGUUAAGAUAAAUAUUGCCUCAUCAGGGAGGGUGGAGUUGGCAUGGUGACUACUGCAGUAUGCAUCUGUCUACCUCAAUAGGAUGUAGCAAACAAGGCAGUGAGGGGACCAUAGCGUGUAUUUAUUUUAAAAAACUGCCUUUACUUUAAAUGUUGAAGUGUGGACCUGGAUUGAGCGUUGAGAAGAAACUGCUGAUUCAUGCCUUAUGUUCUGCACGUGUGACAGGGCUGCAGCUAGAGAUGCUUCCAUGCAAAUGGUAAAAAAAUCAAUGUAUAUCCAAGAGUGUGGGGCAAAACAAACUUUGCCAGUUUGGCUUAGUUUCCAUUCAAUUUCAAUUCAGCACACUGAACGACACAGGCCUCUUAUGCCUGUAAGAACAAUUCUGUGCAGCAAGAAGAACAAUUACCCUGUGUAUCAACAGCAUUUGAAUGAUCACACUUACAUUAUUCAGACUGAUAAGCAUGGCUGCAUCGAAAUGGAAAAGGCUUUGUAUUGUCUUUAAAAGACUACAUUAGCUUUUAUGCACUGCAUCUCCUGCUGCUGUUUGGAGAUUCAGAGUCAUUACCUGCACUGCAUUUGGUCUUGAGACAUAUCUUGUUCCCUGGUUGGCUCUUUUGCUGACUUUGUCGAUGUAUUGCUAAUGCACAUUCACAUGGUUAGUGGUGUGUAAAGUUUUGCACAGGCAACACAACUUUGAGUUGAAUCACAGUGGGGCAGUGUGUACGGUUGCAAGUACUUUGGAGCAUCUCUAGCAGGGGGUUGUGGGUCAGUGGAGCUUCAUCACAACUAAUGAGUUUCCAGCAGCAUUGGCACCAGUCCCUCAGAUAUCACACAACCAUGCUUAUAGGUGUAAACCAGGUUGCACUGAUCUACAACUUCUAGUCAGGUUAAAAUAAUAAUCUGCAUCCUUGACCAAGAAAUUAACUUAUUUAUGAUUCCUGAGGUUAUGUGCAAUGUGCCAGGAAAGGACUGUAGAGAGAAUCAAGCAAUGGAGAAGUCCAUUUUGAAUCUAUGUAUAUGAAAUGUACCUUAUAUAUCUAUAAUAUAUAUAUUUAAAGUCAUUGAUGUUCUUGAGCAUUCCAGCUUUUGCAAACUUGCAAUGUUCAUUUGUUUGGGUAUACAGUAUAUAAAUAUAAAAUGAUAUUUUAUAUUUUAUUGUUUGACACCAUGUCUUGUAUGUGAUUGUUUUAAAGUCACCGUCUUCUAUGUUUACUGGUUUGAAAAACAAUAAAUGGGGCACUCACUGUCAU